UGGUAUCAUUCCUCCGUGAUACCAUUAUCUACCAGUUGCGGGGCGGAGAAUCGUUGUAGACAGUGCAGAGUCGUGUCGAACGAACUUCGGAUUGAGACUCUCAGUCAUAAAGUGUCAUUGCGUUCGAGAGGUGCCUACCUCUUCAGACAUUGGAGGAAAGAGUGCAAGACAUCACACAAGAGCUGUCACAAACAUUCAGGGACAAUGGGAUUGAAGUUGAAAUGGUUUCGGCGAAGGAUAACCUUCGAUGGUGUGCCACCGGCACCGGAAAGAGACAUUCGCCGAAAGGAGGCAACGGCCGGAACAGUGAUUGGGGUGUACCGCCAAAGCACACACUUUGAGGACUUUAUCGAGCCAGUUCGUUCGUCCUACUGGGAACCGCCUCCGCAAGCAAUCGCCCGUGCCACAAUGCGUGCGAAUGGAAAUCUACCCACCACGUCUACAAACAGUCCCACCGCCAACUCGAUAUCUUCUGCCGCCUCCUCCUCCUCCACGGUACGGGCGCGUGUGACAGCGGCCCGGUCGUCCCCACCGGCACCGGCACCCAUCGUACCGACUGGAAUCUCUUCCGUCAGCAGGCCCGUUUCAAUGACCAAUGUCGCCGCCGAAGCAGAUAGCCGUGAUAAGAUAGCACCACACACUCCAGCCGACCGUUUGCAGCAGCUUAGUGCUGACGACUACGAGAUGCCGCCCGAGCCAAACUAUGCCGCCCCGAAGCCACCGGUAAGGAAGGGAGUUUCCAAGGCAAAGUCGCUGAUGAACCUUGCCAACUCCCUGGAGGACGCAAACGGACUUGAAAAGAGACAGCAACAAGUGCUGCAGCAGCACGAGCUACGAUCACCUCAAUCGGUGGAGGUGUUGAGUGAUCCGUAUUCAAGGGCAUCAUCACCUAUCCACGUAGUGCCUAUAACGCCGGUUCCGAGGACGACUUCCAGUAACUCGCUCCCACUACGUGAGGAGGCUCCGAGUCCUGUAAAACGUGAAGUUAGCACAGAGCCCGAAUACAUAGUGCCGCUCGCUGCUGAGGAUCCGUUCGAGGAACCAAUCUAUGACUCAUUCGAAGCCAUCUUCGAGCGAGUGAAAGCUCGCAAACCGAUCAGUCCUGGUUCGGAACGGUCCAACAUCUCGGCAAGACCUGAAACAUCAUCACCCCUACCCAACCGAGAACCUGCGGAGAAGAGCCCGCAAGAUGAUGGCGUGAUAUUUGAGCGUGUAAAGCUUCGCAACUCUACGCCACCAGACUCACUCAGAUCUAGCACGACUGGUUCGCUAUCAUCUGCAAGCUCUCCAUCACCUCCGCCACAGCGAAAACCGGUCCUACAGGUCACCACCGCCGCAUCCAGCCCACCACCGCCAACAUCUCCUCCCCAACCCAAGUCAAUCCUUAAGAAACGAGCUCCACCACCGCCACAGAUCCCUGUCGAGGCCACAUCCAGCAUGGUUGAGUUUUCCAACGAAAUAGUCACAGCGAUCCCAACCCCUCCACCGCGCUCCAUCCGAGCGACAACUCUGAAAGAUGCUCCGGAACCCUCGCCACCUGUCACACCGCCAGAACGAAAGCAAGAACCUCCGGCGCGUCCGGAAACUUCCCUGAAAAUUACGAACGGAAACGACCACGAAUCCGAUUCCGACUCGGACGAUGACUUUAACUGGGAUUUUGUGCAGAAGCACCGCUCCAGCAUCAAUCAAACGGUGGCCGCACAAACACAGAUCGACCCCGAGGUGCUACGGAAUGCUCCUGCCUCACUGCGGAGUGGCAUGGUGCAGUCGGUGGCAGCUGUGGCGUCACCGCGCAACCUGCCCGAACCGAUCGCACAGCCCCGGACGCUUCGUGGCAUGCGAAACCAGCGGGCUCACGCACAGCUGGAAAGCGGUGGCAGGCAGCAGGACGCGCCGGCAGUACAAAUUCCACCACCAAGGGCACGUGCCAGUGACUCAAACGCGUCGGAAACUUCCGCUUAGAGUGUAACGAGCCAGCUUGACGAAUAAAAAGGAUACGCAUUAUCUUGGAA